AUGACUGGAGCUGAGACUGAAGAUGACAUUCCUUUUGGUGAAAGGAAGACAGUCACAGAUUUUUGCUAUCUCCUGGACAAAUCCAAACAACUUUUCAAUGGCUUGAGAGACCUUCCUCAGUAUGGACACAAGCAGUGGCAGUCCUACUUUGGGCGGACUUUUGACGUCUACACCAAGCUGUGGAAAUUUCAGCAGCAGCACAGGCAGGUUCUGGAUAGUCGCUAUGGCUUGAAGAGAUGGCAGAUUGGGGAAGUUGCAUCCAAAAUUGGGCAGCUUUAUUACCACUAUUACCUCCGUACAUCAGAAACAAGCUACCUGAAUGAGGCGUUUUCUUUCUACUCAGCCAUUCGGCAGAGGUCCUACUACUACCAAGUCAAUAGAGAGGACAGGCCAGAAUUAGUUGUGAAGAAGCUUCGAUAUUAUGCCCGAUAUAUCGUUGUCUGUUUACUGCUGAACAAGAUGGACCUGGUCAAGAUUUUGGUGAAGGAGUUAUCUGAAGAGAUUGAAGAUUAUACACAACGAUUCAACACUGAGGAUCAGUUGGAAUGGAACCUGGUACUUCAGGAGGUGGCAUCUUUUGUUGAGGCAGAUCCAGUGGUAAUACUGGAGGACAACAAUUCUGUUGCUGUCAUCAGCUAUCGUCUUCAAGAAGGAUGUGUGCCUCCCUUGGAACAAGGCAUGGUAGUUGGGCAGCUGGUCCUUGCAGAUGCACUCAUCAUUGGCAAUUCUAACAGCCAGGUGAAGUUCAGUGAAUUGACUAUAGACAUGUUCCGUAUGCUUCAAGCACUGGAGAGGGAACCAGCAAAUCUUGCGACACAGACAUCAAAGCAAGGAAUUUUGGAACCCUCUGAGAAGCCUGCGAAACGGGAAAACCCUCACAAGUAUCUACUUUAUAAGCCAACAUUUAGCCAGCUUUUUACAUUCCUGUCUGCCUCCUUUAAAGAAUUGCCAGCAAACAGUGUUCUGCUAGUAUACUUGUCAGCAACCGGAGUUUUUCCAUCGGUACAUUCAGAAUAUGAAGGACCAUUUGAUUUUGGAGGGGUUCUCACAAAUUCCAACCGGGAUAUUGUAAAUGGAGAAGUGAUUCAGAAGCGAAAUCAGUCCCAUAAAGAAAUGCACUGUCUUCAUCCUGGUGACUUACUCCCCUUUACCCGGAAGCCACUUUUUAUUAUCGUGGAUUCCACAAACAGCACUUCUUAUAAGAAUUUCACAAAUAUGUUCGGCCAACCUUUGGUGUGCCUACUAUCACCAAAAGUAUAUCCCAAGAGUGUACAAGAUCAGUCUCAACGCGGGAGUCUCUUCACCCUGUUCCUCUACAGCCCGCUCUUGGCUUUCUUGUCUGUGUGUGGCUUAAGCAGCGUGAGGCGAGAACUUUGGCACAGCGCUCAAGAAUUUCUUCACAAAGUUGACCGUGACAUUGGGCAAAUGAUAACACAAUCGCCAACGAUAGAUCAAGCCUUUUUGCAAUUCUUUGGUGAUGAAUUCCUUCGACUGCUGCUUAUCCGCUUUGUGUUUUGCUCAGCUGCAUUGAGGCUGCAUAAAGUGUUUCGGGAGGCACAGAGCUUCCCUGAGUCAUAUCCUGAGCUCCCCAAACAAGACACGGUGGAGAACAGUAUUCUUCAGAAGCAUAUUUUGAAGAUGGCAACCCUACUGGAUGUGCAGAACAUGUUUUGGGAUGAUUCAGUGGAAGCCUACUGA